GCAAGCGUCGUCAGGCAGGCCGGGUCAAUAUCAAUAGGGCAGGUAGGUACAGGGGGAGCAAGCAGAGAAUGGUCGGGGUCACAGGCCAGGUUCAGCAGGUAGCAAGCAGCGUAGUACAGAGGGUCAAGCAGAGAGAUGGUCAGGAAUCAGACAGGAACAGAGAGCAGGAACAGGAUACAGGGCCAAGAGAAACACAACACCAAGGCAGAGUCUGCAAGUCUGGCCAUCCCUUAAAUACCCCAGUAUCAUCAGUUCCAGGUGUUAGCUGGCUGAAAGGUUGAGUCUCUGAUUGCUGGGAGCACCCGCUGGCCAGCCCUGGUACUGCAGAUCAAAAGGCAGGUGAGUCCCACCAUUGCUGGCCAGUCCAUUCCUAACACACACAUU